AUGGACCUUUCCAAGUCCCUGCGACCUCUGCCGCAAGCCGGGUGUCUCUGCCGUCGAAGUUUGCAGCCUCAAAGGGUGCCACAAUUGCGAUCUUGCGCCUCCCUCGGCUUCCUCACGGCGGCCUGCUGGCCACUGGCCGCCACGCACCGUCUGCGACGCUGCUCUGGGCUCCGUCCUUUCGGUUCCGGGAUGGCUCUUCCCGCCGUGCCUCCCCUUCGAGACUCCGCUGUCCUAAAGCAGCAUGGGAUCUCCCUGACGGCCAUUGAGCCGUUGGGUGCCCGGGUUCGGGGCCUCGACCUCAAAGGACCCGAGCCCAGCCCAGAGGUGCGAAACUUCCUGGAGGAGGAGAUGGCUCGCCGAGGCUUCCUUGUCUUUGAAGACCAAGGCGUCCUAUCCGGAGAUGAGCAGGUGCGAGCCAGCGAAUUCUGGGGUGGCCGAGAGAUUCAUAGCACCCAUGGAGUCCACCCCCAGGCGCCAAACCGUCACAUCUUCCGCCUGAGCAACGACAGCGCUGUCGGCAUCGUCGGCGUGGGCCCUCAGUGGCACAACGACGGCUCCUUUGAGGUUGGGGUUUUCUCCCACGUUGGGUACCACAUCGUCCGUGUGCCCGAGCAUGGUGGAAACACCCAGUUCGUGCACCAGGGGGCGGCCUUCGAUGCACUGCCUCCCGAGAAGCAGGAGUACUGGUCUCGGCUGGUCUCCGUGAACGCCACCUCGGGCGUUUUGCAUCCCGUGGUGCACGACCACCCCAUCUCGGGCAGACGAUCCGUGUACCUCCAUCUUGGCAUGACAGGAGGCAUUCUCGAGAAG